AUGUUUGGGAGGGCACCGAAGAAAAGUGAUAACACCAAGUACUAUGAGAUUCUCGGGGUCCCUAAGACGGCGUCGCAGGAUGAUCUGAAGAAGGCGUAUAAGAAAGCGGCUAUCAAGAAUCAUCCGGACAAGGGCGGCGAUCCUGAGAAGUUCAAGGAACUUGCUCAUGCUUAUGAGGUCUUGAGUGAUCCUGAAAAGCGAGAAAUCUAUGACCAGUAUGGUGAGGAUGCACUCAAGGAAGGAAUGGGCGGGGGUGGCGGGCACGAUCCUUUCGACAUAUUUUCAUCAUUCUUUGGCAGCAGCCCAUUUGGUGCAGGUGGUAGCAGUAGGGGGCGAAGACAAAGAAGGGGAGAGGAUGUUGUACACCCGUUAAAGGUCUCUCUUGAGGAUUUGUAUCUUGGCACAACCAAAAAGCUCUCGCUUUCGCGUAAUGUGAUUUGCAGCAAGUGUAGUGGCAAAGGGUCGAAAUCCGGGGCAUCUAUGAAGUGCUCAGGUUGCCAGGGGACUGGUAUGAAGGUUACUAUAAGGCAGCUCGGUCCAGGGAUGAUUCAGCAGAUGCAGCAUGCUUGCAAUGAGUGUAAAGGAACAGGGGAGACAAUCAACGAUAAGGACCGAUGCCCUCAAUGCAAGGGCGAAAAGGUUGUUCAGGAAAAAAAAGUCUUGGAAGUCCAUGUUGAGAAGGGCAUGCAAAAUGGACAAAAAAUAACAUUCCCUGGGGAAGCUGAUGAGGCGCCUGAUACGGUUACUGGGGAUAUAGUCUUUGUGCUACAGCAGAAAGAGCAUCCUAGAUUUAAGAGGAAGGGCGAGGACCUUUUUAUCGAGCAUUCCCUGUCCUUAACUGAGGCCUUAUGUGGGUUCCAGUUCAUUCUGUCCCAUCUGGAUGGACGGCAGCUCCUUAUCAAAUCUCAGCCUGGAGAAGUUGUGAAGCCUGAUUCAUUCAAGGCCAUUAAUGAUGAGGGAAUGCCUAUGUACGGGAGGCCAUUCAUGAAGGGCAAGCUGUACAUACACUUUAACAUUGAGUUCCCGGAGUCUCUUAAUCCCGAGCAUGUGGACGGCUUGGCCAAGAUUCUUCCAGUAAGGCCUCAGUCAAAGGUGACAGACAUGGAGUUGGACGAGUGCGAGGAGACAACAUUGCGUGAUGUCAACAUAGAGGAGGAGAUGAGGAGGAAGCAGGCCCAGCGCCAGGAAGCUUAUGACGAGGAUGACGAAGAUGCGCAUGGUGGUGGCGCCCAGCGGGUCCAGUGUGCCCAACAGUGA